AUGGACUUGCGGGUCCGCGACAUUGCUGAAGAUGUCGCUGUCGGCUUCAAGCGCUUCCGGUCAUGUCUCCCCGAGCACGGUGCCGAGAUCACCUACCUGAUCUCCGAGCUCUAUGCCAUGAGCGCAACCCUGACCAAUAUUGAAGGAUUCAGCAGGCAGUUUCCUCGUAAUUAUGCUCGUAUCAAAUCAGACCUGGACACGGUGUUGGCUAGCUUGAACUACACGCUGGGCGAAAUCACCACCUCCUUUAGGAAGCUCAACGGGAACCCUCGUGCGGACGACUUCCGGCACGUAUGGCACGGUUUGGAUACGUUCUUCCGGGAAGAAAGUAGCUAUACCUUGAAGAGACGACUUACCAAAUAUAAAAUGUUCUUGCAGGAACUAGAAGAUAUGAUGCGAAACAAGUUGCCCGACGUUCGCUUCCUGGCUGAUAUGCGUCGCACUGUCAUGACCCUUCUAUCCGAGCAGGACGGGCGUUUGGCAGCAACUAUGGCAGGUGUCUCGAUCGGUCGAUCGGACUCGUCUGCAAGUAGCAGCCUUGACCCCGGCAGCCCGGUAGAACAACACCAUGGCCCCGGGAAGCGUCGGUCAUAUGAGCGAGCACGACCUGGCCUGCGGCCAUCGUCAUCUUACUUCCCCCCAAUGUCUCCAUCAUCGUCCCAAGGCGCCCCGCCUCCAUGGGUGCCCGAGGUGCCGAGCUCACCGACAUCGACAUCUACGACGACAAUGUCGAAUCUUUCAUCGGCCAUUUUGAAUGAUCAUUGGGCCAAGCAUAUAUUUGCGAAAACCGUUUCGACUACUCCAAUUCUGGCUGCUGGUGAUAGUUCAAAGUGCCAUGGUGAAGAAGUAGAAAAUGCCAAAGAGUGGCUCCACGAUGAAGGAUUCGACGAAGUGGCUUAUUUGGCAUUUGACGAAGACAGUUACAAGCUGUCAGUCUCUUUCUAUGUUCGAGAGGACGACAGCCGUGCGCGGAUCUUGUGCAAGGUUCAGAAAGGUAGACGGUCGAAUAAAUACUACUGCCUUCCACUCAACAUGCUAGAAGUGAGACGAGGUGGCUCAUCACUACAGCUUUGCCGACGGCGACGGUCCGGAACUGAGCUGGUCCCGUGGCUAACUUUAAACUUUCAUGCAAUUGAAAGGAUGGUAACCUUUUUUUGCACUUUCCUUGCCCUCCGUUCACAGGAUAUGCAUCGACAAGUUCAGAAUAUUCGGGACUUUGAGCUUGGCUCGGAAAGAGAGAAAUUCGGCGGACUCAUUGUGGAUGAUCGAUAUCUCCACGCUUUGCGUAUCUACCAAGACCGCAUCUCGGGCUCUAUCCGACUACAGGCAUCUGUUCACGAUGGUGAACUAGAAAGAUCUCCAGUAUGGACUGCCUUUAUAACGCACGAUAUCAAUUUACAUCUUUGGGCGCGCCGACAUAAAAAAUUGGUCAUCUUGCAAGAUCUACAGAUGGUCAUUCUUUUUCCGGAUUACACUCCCCCAAGAACAUCUGGCGGGGAACACAUUUUGAAAUUCACUUCCGAGACUGACGCCAAUGGAUUUACCGAGGUCAUUAAUAGACUCGCCCUGACUGAUUGA